UGAAUAAGCCCGCCCCUUUGCUACCGAAUCGAAAACUUUCACACCGUAUAAGAUGGCUUUAUUAGCGUAGAAGACCACUCUAGUCACACUCUCAGCCCCGAAGCUUUAGUCUUGGCCAAAACGCUGUGCGGUUUAAGCCGAAAGUUGAUCUUAGUUUCGGGCGGCUGUGCUGUGGUACGAUGUGCAUCGAGAUUUUGCGGCACAAGAAGAAGGUGUUGCUGCUGCUACUGCUGACGGCUGCCGGCAGCAUAAUCUUCUACUGGUGCACUCUAAGGCUGGAGCGGGAAGAUGGCUUGGCGGCGCCGACGUCCAUGACAUCGCGACUGGAGCGGGAGAUAAGCGACCUGCAGGCGGCGUUCGAGUCCAAAGUGGUGCCCCAGCUGGGGGAUUUGGGGCGACCGGCGCGGAGGAACUGGACGGAGGGGGAGCGCCAGGCCAUGGAUCAGAGCUUGCGGGCGGUGGGCUUCAACAGCUGGCUCUCGGAGCGCAUCUCUUUGGAGCGCUCGCUCUACGACAUGCGGCAUCGCAGUUGCAAAAAGCUCGAGUACUCGCUGGAAAAGCUUCCGUCGGUGAGUGUGGUGAUAACCUAUCAUGACGAAGAGGCGAGCGUUCUGCUCCGGACACUGAGCAGCGUUCGGAAACGGACGCCCGGACGCCUCCUCCGGGAGAUCAUUCUGGUGGACGAUGGCAGCACCAAGGUGGACCCCAAGCUGAACGACCUCCUGCGGAUCAAGUUCCUCAACAUGGUCAAGCAUCACCGGCUGGACACCCAGGUGGGUCUGAUGAAGGCUCGAGUGACUGGAGCCCAGUUGGCUCUGGCGGAUGUCCUGGUUUUCCUGGACUCCCACGUCGAGGUGACCCAUGGCUGGCUGGAGCCCCUCAUAGCCCCCAUUUUGAAGAACAACAGGACCUGCACUACUCCAAUCAUUGACACCAUCGAUUAUGACAACUUUGCCUACCGGAGGGGUAAGCCAUCCCGGGGCUUCUUUAACUGGCAGUUCAACUACAUACAACUCCCGCUGCUCAAGGAGGAGGUAUUGGCUCUGCCCGCGCCCCACGAUAACCCCAUCAUGAAUGGAGGUCUAUUCGCCAUUGGACGGCAGUGGUUCUUUGAACUCGGUGGCUACGACAAGGGUCUGAAGAUCUGGGGAGCCGAGCAGUUCGAACUGAGCCUGAAGAUCUGGUUGUGCGGAGGAAGGAUACUGGAAGUGCCCUGCUCCCGGGUGGGUCACCUUUACAGGGAUCCAAGCUUCCACAUACACUACACGCAGCAAUCUAAGGAGUAUGAAAAGAAGGUUAUUUCGAGAAACUACCGCCGCGUGGCUGAGGUGUGGUUGGACGAUUACAAGGACAAGCUUUUCGAGGAGAUACCCCACCUGACCGUCAUCAAGGUGGGUAGCUUGACCGAAGCAAGGGCUCUGAAAAAGCGGCUGCACUGCAAACCCUUCAAGUGGUUUCUCGACCAUCUUGCCGAGGAUUUCCUAAAUCUCUAUCCUGUGGUGGAGACCUCGGACUUUGCCUUUGGGGUUUUGCAAAGUCUGGCUUCCCCCAAGCUAUGUCUUAAUCGUACGGAGGAUAGUCCCGGCAAACCCAAGCUAAGUCAAUGCCCCAUCGAGCAUAAAUUCCCCGAUUCGGAUCUUAUGAAAUGGACCCUUACCUAUCGCAGGGAGCUGCGUUCGGAUUCCACCUGCCUGGAGGUGCGCAAUCCGCUGGGAGAGGUUUACGUGUUCCAGUGCCACGGCCAGCAGGGCAAUCAGUUUUGGUCCUUCAACACAACCAGCCAGCAGGUGGUCCAUGGCCAGAUGAAGGGCUCCAGGCGCUGCCUGGAAAUCCAGCCGGACGCCAAAGGAGUGACCACCGGGCAAUGCGAUCCAAAUAACCCCAAACAGCGCUGGAGCUUUGGCUACAAAGACAAUCAAAGACUGGAGCAUUUUUGGGAUAAAGUGAAGACAAGCUAAACUUUGUGAUAGUGUAUAUUUUAAUUCAACCAUCUUGCCAUUAUCUAGGUUAGUUCAUUAAACUCAGAGAUGGUUUUUUUAAACCUGACUUUGUGAAUAGCUUUCCAAUAUAAAAAGAUCUAAGAUUCUAACAAAGAUUCGACAUCUGACAAUAGGUUGGGUGUUUGUGGCUCCUGUUCUCUUGGAGCUCCAAAAAUUCCAACGUUAUAUGUUAAAUAAUACAAGACGUAUAAA